CCUCGAAAAAAAAAAUUACGAAAAUUAAAUUACGAAUAUUGGAAUAUCUAUCGGAAUUUAGUUUUCAGACGAGAAUAUUUUAAAUUAUAAUUUGCUUUUCAUUGAAGGGUUGCUUAUUAUCUAUUUUUAACUACUGACUUUUUGGAAUUUUAUGGGAAAAGAUUCCCAAGCUCAUGUCAGUUAAAAAAAAAGGAAAAAAAUAAUUGUAUCGACACAGGAUCGUAUUUAAAGAAAAUAUCAAUAUCACCAAUUUGAAAGAUCUUCGAAAACGUUUUUGUCAAUUACGAAGAAAAUCGAGUUCAAUUUAAUCACGAAGAAUAAAAUUUCAAAUUUUUAAUUUUUCCCGUCAUUAUUUCGAACAAUCAUCGACAGAAAUUCGACGUUGUUAAUGUUUUUCAUGAGAGAAAAAGAAAAUUGGAAAAGACACAGAGGGAGGGGAAAACAAGAAGGAAUUAUACGACAUGACUAGAACAAUAAUAUUAUCCACGAUAUACAACGAUAAGCGAUUGGUUAUCAAUGAUAAGAUUUAUCAAACGUUCGAACGAGCAGUGGUCGCGAUAGAAUUAUCCACGGAUGACUAUAAGACCAAAAAACGAGUUAUUCCAUCAUCAACUCGAUUCAAACGAAGGAAGAAAAAUUUCCUCGAUUAUUACAUUCUUUUCUACGAAAAAAAACAUUUCAACUCUGAUAAUAAUCGCAACUGAUCUUGUAUAAUCCCUCUCGUCGUUCAGAUAUUAAAAUUAAUUAAUUAAUUUGAUAAGGUUUUGUUGAUUACAAAAAAAAAAGGUAUAUUUUGUUUAAUAUCAAAAUAUCAUACUUUUGAAAAGCACGAUGAAUUCUCGUCACUCUCUCCGGGGGCAAAAUGAUGGGCAACGAGCUUAAUUCCUUCACAUCAAAGACAUUAACUGGUACACCUAAUAAAGAAGAAGAGGAUUCCAAGUAUAUAGAAAUGCAAGAAAAUACAUUGUCCCCUUCACCCUCAGUCUCGAAGACUAUCGUUAUCACAGUGCAGCCACAAGGACAAAUUGAAGAGUUAAGAAGACCGAUACCUGUGAGCACGUUGGAUUGGAUAUCGACUCCGAGAUCGCAACUGACAGUACUCUCGGGAAACCAUUUCUUGGCCAAUGUGGAGCAGCUAGAAAUACAACAGAUUGUUGAUUUAAACACACUACUUGGUAAAUCGGAAAAAAGAUUCCAAUAUAGAGUGAAAGUACCGAAAGCUGAAACAUUAUUCUUGGCAAUGGAAGAAAAAACCGAGAGCCGAUCGAGUGAAUGGAAUUGUUCCAACUUGAUACACGAUCACUUUGUGUUAAAUGUUGUAGACCAGUCCGGCGAAUCUGCAUUCGUCAUGAAUAUGGAUACGAGCCUGACAGGAUGACGGUGAAAAGCAGAAAUUUAAUUGGCACGGUGGAAGAAAAUUUUAACAUAAUAGGUUCGAGUUUCACGGUAUACGAUGCGAUACGGAACAAACUUUGUAACAUAUAUGGUCCAAAUGUGUGCGGUUGCUGUAUGUA